UUUAAAUCGCCUUCAUUUCCCCCAAAUCCUUCCUUUUCCUCUCCUCCCCCAGGCCAGCGGGGAGGCAGCUUCCACCGCCUUCUGCGCGCCCUCGCCCGGCCUUGCUCUGUCUCCGGGGACCGCCAGCAGCCCGCCUCCAAAAGUUUGAUCAUCUCUCUUUUUUUCCUGCUUCUUUUCGGUGGAAGCAGAAAAAGAGCGAGGCAGGGGCAAGCGCAGCGCCGGUACUCCUGGGACCAUGGGCCUGGCACGGGCGCCCGCAGGGUCCGGGCCGCGCUGCCUGGCUGCUGGGGCGCCCCUGGGCGCGGGGCUGCGCUGGGGGUGCGGGGACCGCGCGCUCUGAGCCGGCCUGGCGCGGUGGGGCGGGGGGCUGGCGUCCCCAUGGGGCGCGCCCACACUUGCCCCCCGGGCUCGGGAGCAUGAAGUAGGGGCCCGCCAUGGGAGUGGGAUCAGCGCAGGGGGCCCGAGGCACAACGGCGGCAGCGGCGCGCGGGGGGGGGUUUCUCUUCACCUGGAUCUUGGUCUCAUUUGCCUGUUACCUGGCCUCCACCCAAGGAGCUCCUGAAGAUGUGGACGUCCUCCAGCGGCUGGGCCUCAGCUGGGCCAAGGCAGCGGGUGGCCGGAGUCCCCCUCCCCCAGGGGUCAUUCCGUUCCAGUCGGGCUUCAUUGUUACACAGCGGGCCCGGCUCCAGGCCCCCACGACAGCUGUCAUCCCUGCCGCCCUGGGCACAGAGCUAGCGCUGGUGCUGAGCCUCUGCUCCCAUCGGGUGAACCAUGCCUUCCUCUUCGCCGUCCGUAGCCAGAAGCAUAAGCUGCAGCUGGGCCUGCAGUUCCUCCCCGGCAAGACAGUCGUCCACCUGGGGCCCCGACGCUCCGUGGCCUUUGACCUCGACGUGCAUGACGGGCGCUGGCACCACCUAGCCCUGGAGCUCCGUGGCCGCACAGUCACCCUGGUGACAGCCUGUGGGGAGCGCCGGGUGCCUGUCCCACUGGCUUUCCCCAGGGACCCAGCACUUGACCCUGAGGGCUCCUUCCUCUUGGGAAAGAUGAGUCCACAUGCAGUUCAGUUUGAAGGUGCUCUGUGCCAGUUCAGUAUCUACCCUGUGACGCAGGUCGCUCACAAUUACUGUACCCACCUGAGAAAGCAGUGUGGACAGGCUGCCAUGUACCGGCCCCCGCUGGGACCCCCCUUCCUCCGAGACUCUGGCGCACCCUAUGCUUUCCAAACCAACCUUGCCCUGCUAGGCCUGGAGAACCUGACCACUGCCAUGCCAGCCCUGCGGUCACGGCCAUCAGGCAGGGGGCCCAGCGUGACUGUGGUGCCCGCCACACCCACCAAGCCCCUACGGACUAGCACCACAGACUUUCACAAGCCUGUCUCAGUGGGGGACCCGGCCCGUACCCCAUGGCCACCUGCCAAGCUGUCAGCCAGUGAAGCAUUUUCUCCUGUGCCCCCAGCCUCUCCUGCCAGCUCCCCUAAACCUGUCCAGCCAUUACGAAAGAGCACAGCCACCAAAAUCCCCAAAAGUCACCCAAUCAAGCCUUCAGCCCCUUCUCCUUCAAUUACUCCUGUCAAAAGCCCCCGCCCUACCCAGAAGGCAGCUGCACCUUCCUUCACGAAGUUAUCCCCACCCACCAAGAAGCCAGUGCUACCCAUUUCCCAGCCAGUUCUUGCCAAAGUCACCCGUCCCACAGUGCAGCCCAUCCAGAGGAAACCCGUAAUGCCCAGACCCCCACCACCCAGUGCCCGGCCCCUACCCAUCGCCACAGGUGUCUCUAAAAAGCCCUUUCCCCCCGUGACCCAGACCGAGGCCAAGAUGAGCAGUCAUGCCCGUGAGCCGGCUCAUGUCCGCACCGACGUGCAUAAACUUCCUCAACUCCCUGUUUUGCCCCCAUCACCUGCCCCCAGUCCUGGCUCUACCAGGACUGCUCGGCCACUAGCCACAGCAAUGCCUUCCACCCUCACUCCUACUUCAGUCCCCACCGGAAGCAAGAAACCCACUGGAUCAGAAGCCACAAAGAAAGCCAGACCCAAGAAUAGCCGCCGGAAGCCUGUCCCCCUCAGACCCGGGAAAGCAGCCAGGGAUGUCCCAUUCAAUGAUCUGACAACCAGGCCCAGCCCCAGACAGCCCCGGCCAGGCCGGCAGACUACCCCGGCCCCUCCAGUGGCCCCAGCACGGUUCCUGUCCUCCAGCCCCUGGCCUACAAGCAGUGGCUAUUCAUUCUUCCACCUGGUGGGACCCACGCCUUUCCCGCUGCUGAUGGGACCUCCAGGGCCCAAGGGAGACUGUGGUUUGCCGGGUCCCCCUGGGCUGCCUGGGCUCCCUGGAGCCCCCGGUAUGCGGGGGCCUCGGGGUCCUCCUGGGCCUUAUGGAAAUCCAGGCCUACCCGGCCCUCCUGGAGCCAAAGGACAGAAAGGGGACCCGGGGCUCUCACCAGGAAAGGCCCACGAUGGGACAAAGGGCGACGUGGGCUUGCCUGGGCUCCCUGGGAAUCCAGGACCUCCUGGACGAAAGGGACACAAAGGCUAUCCUGGACCAGCGGGGCACCCCGGAGAACAGGGGCGGCCGGGACCUGAGGGCAGUCCAGGGGCCAAAGGUUACCCUGGCAGGCAGGGAUUACCUGGACCUGUAGGAGACCCUGGCCCCAAAGGCAGCCGGGGCUACAUUGGACUCCCAGGGCUCUUCGGCCUUCCAGGGUCUGAUGGAGAGCGAGGCGUGCCUGGUGUUCCUGGCAAGAGGGGCAAGAUGGGUAGGCCGGGGUUUCCUGGAGACUUUGGGGAAAGAGGCCCACCAGGACUGGAUGGAAACCCUGGAGAACUGGGCCUGCCAGGGCCCCCAGGAGUCCCCGGCCUCAUUGGCGACAUGGGAGCAUUGGGUCCGAUCGGCUACGCAGGACCCAAGGGCAUGAAGGGACUGAUGGGAAACAUGGGGGAGCCCGGACUGAAAGGUGAUAAGGGUGAACAAGGGGUUCCAGGUGUGUCAGGAGAUACCGGAUUCCAAGGAGACAAGGGGAGCCAGGGAUUGCCAGGGUUCCCAGGUGCACGGGGGAAGCCAGGGCCUCUGGGCAAAGUUGGAGACAAAGGAUCCCUUGGGUUUCCUGGGCCUCCGGGACCCGAGGGAUUCCCGGGAGACAUCGGCCCCCCUGGGGACAACGGCCCAGAAGGUGUGAAGGGUAAGCCUGGAGCUCGAGGCCUGCCGGGACCCCGUGGACAGCUGGGGUCCGAGGGAGAUGAGGGACCCAUGGGGCCACCUGGGGCCCCUGGCUUGGAGGGUCAACCCGGCAGGAAGGGGUUUCCCGGAAGGCCCGGCCCAGAUGGCUUGAAGGGGGAGCCAGGCAAUCCUGGACGGCCGGGGCCUGUAGGUGAGCAGGGACUUCUGGGAUUCAUUGGUCUUGUCGGGGAGCCAGGAAUCGUGGGAGAAAAGGGUGACCGGGGCAUGAUGGGACCCCCAGGCGCACCUGGACCCAAGGGGUCAAUGGGUCAUCCCGGAACGCCAGGUAGUGUUGGGACCUCUGGAGAGCCUGGACCCCAGGGUCCUCCCGGAUCUCGAGGCCCACCAGGGAUGAGGGGAGCAAAGGGACGCCGGGGCCCCCGAGGACCAGACGGACCAGCUGGGGAGCAAGGGUCCCGGGGUCUGAAGGGACCUCCAGGACCGCAGGGCAGACUGGGCCAGCCUGGGCAGCAGGGUGCGGCUGGCGAGCGAGGGCACUUGGGUGCUCGAGGCUUUCCCGGCAUUCCGGGUCCUUCGGGCCCGCCAGGCACCAAGGGCCUUCCAGGAGAACCGGGCCCUCAGGGACCCCAGGGACCAAUUGGCCCUCCAGGAGAGAUGGGACCCAAGGGGCCGCCGGGUGCAGUGGGAGAAUCGGGCCUUCCUGGGGAAGCCGGGAUGAAGGGUGAUCUUGGGCCUCUGGGCACCUCUGGGGAACAGGGCCUCAUUGGGCAGCGGGGAGAGCCAGGCCUUGAAGGUGACAGUGGCCCUGCAGGGCCCGAUGGGCUGAAGGGAGACAGGGGUGACCCAGGGCCUGACGGUGAGCGUGGCGAGAAGGGCCAGGAGGGACUGAUGGGCGAGGAUGGGCCCGCCGGCCCUCCUGGCGUCACUGGUGUCCGGGGUCCUGAAGGAAAACCAGGGAAGCAAGGCGAGAAGGGCCGGACCGGGGCCAAGGGUGCCAAGGGCUACCAAGGACAGCUGGGUGAGAUGGGCACCCCUGGAGACCCCGGACCCCCUGGCACCCCAGGCCCUAAAGGGUCCCGGGGCAGCCUGGGACCAACGGGUGCUCCAGGACGGAUGGGAACCCAGGGAGAACCGGGACUGCCUGGUUACGAUGGACACAAAGGCAUCGUGGGACCCCUUGGACCUCCUGGACCAAAGGGUGAAAAGGGGGAGCAGGGUGAGGAUGGCAAGGCUGAGGGGCCCCCCGGGCCACCUGGAGAUUGGGGCCCUGUGGGUGAUCGAGGAGACCGUGGGGAACCAGGGGACCCAGGAUACCCUGGACAGGAGGGUAUACAAGGCCUCCGUGGAAAUCCAGGCCAGCAGGGCGGACCCGGGCAUCCGGGACCCCGGGGGCGGCCGGGACCCAAAGGAUCGAAAGGGGAAGAGGGACCAAAGGGAAAGCAAGGCAAGGCUGGGGCGCCAGGACGGAGGGGGAUCCAGGGCCUGCAGGGGCUGCCAGGGCCCCGGGGCGUGGUGGGGAGACAGGGCCCUGAGGGUGUCGCUGGACCAGAUGGGCUUCCUGGCAGGGACGGUCAAGCAGGCCAGCAGGGGGAGCAAGGAGACGAUGGGGACCCUGGCCCCAUGGGCCCUGCUGGGAAGAGAGGAAAUCCAGGCGUGGCCGGCUUACCUGGAGCACAGGGGCCCCCAGGAUUUAAGGGUGAAAGUGGGUUACCUGGGCAGCUGGGUCCCCCCGGCAAACGAGGGACAGAGGGCGGAACAGGCUUUCCUGGGAACCAGGGGGAGCCUGGAUCCAAAGGCCAGCCGGGUGACUCUGGCGAGAUGGGCUUCCCAGGAAUGGCUGGCCUCUUUGGACCCAAGGGCCCUCCUGGAGACGUUGGCUUCAAAGGCAUCCAGGGCCCGCGAGGGCCUCCUGGCCUGAUGGGAAAGGAGGGCAUCAUUGGGCCUCUCGGAAUCCUGGGACCUUCAGGACGCCCGGGUCCGAAGGGUGACAAAGGUAGCCAAGGGAACUUGGGCUGGCAAGGUCCGAGGGGUCCUCCCGGCCCCAGAGGGCGACCUGGCCCACCGGGUCCUCCAGGGAGCUCUAUCCACUUUCAACAAGAUGACCUUGGGGCAGCUUUCCAGACGUGGAUGGACACUAAUGGAGCACUGAGAGCAGAGGUUUACAGCCAUCCGGACCGGCUGGUGCUGGAGCAGGGAGGGGAGAUCUUUAAAACCUUACACUACCUCAGCAACCUCAUCCAGAGCAUUAAGACGCCCCUGGGCACCAAAGAGAACCCCGCCCGGGUCUGCCGGGACCUUAUGGACUGUGAGCAGAAGAUGGCAGAUGGUACUUACUGGGUGGAUCCAAACCUUGGCUGCUCGUCCGACACCAUCGAGGUCUCCUGCAACUUCACACAUGGUGGACAGACGUGUCUCAAGCCCAUCACGGCCUCCAAGGUCGAGUUUGCUGUCAGCCGGGUCCAGAUGAAUUUUCUGCACCUGCUAAGCUCUGAGGUGACACAGCACAUCACCAUCCACUGCCUUAACAUGACCGUGUGGCAGGAAGGCACGGGGAAGACCCCAGCCAAGCGGGCUGUGCGCUUCCGGGCCUGGAACGGGCAGAUCUUUGAAGCUGGGGGUCAGUUCAGGCCGGAAGUGUCAAUGGAUGGCUGCAAGGUGCAGGAUGGCCGCUGGCGUCAGACGCUCUUCACCUUCCGCACCCAGGACCCCCAGCAGCUGCCCAUUGUCAGCGUGGACAACCUCCCUCCCGCCUCGUCAGGGAAGCAGUACCGCCUAGAAGUUGGACCUGCAUGCUUCCUCUAACCUCUGACCCCUUGGCUCCUCUAGGCCUCAUGGGGGAGGGAAGAGGAGGAGGUGGAGGCUAAGGGAGGGUACUUAGGGGCAGAUGGGCCCAGGAGAGGCAGCUUACCUGCCCGAGGAUCCAAGGCAGGCCCCAGCUGUUGUCUUUCCAAUAGAAGUGGCUGGAGGGUAGCAGGGAACAGGGUGUCCUUGGGAACAACUGAUCCCAGCACAGCUCCAAAGACCAACCAAAGAGCCAAAUAGAGAAAGCUGGGCCUGCAACCCGCCUGAGCCCCGUGGCCUGUCUCCCAGCUGUGCGGCCACCCCCUUCCCUCCCCGGCUUCCUGCCCAAAGAGCCCCACGGUUCCAGCCAGCUUGAGGGAAGGGGCAUCUCAUCAGCUGGUCCCUGCCAGGGAGCUUUGAUGUGCAAUAUUAGAGAGGAGACAUGAAAAAAAGGAGAAAAGGAAAGAAAGAAGUAUAUAUAUUUUAUUUAAACAAACACAAAGAAGGUGCGUUACUAUUUUUUUCACCUGGGAGAGGGUGAGAAAGAGCAGCCGGGGUGGGAAGCAAUAGAGAUCCUCGGGGCUGGGGGUGCCCACGUUUGCUACCUCCCACUGUGAAAUCGCUGGUGCUCGCAAUUGUCUCGUAGUAUAUGUGAUUUUUUUUUAAGGAAAAAAAAAAUCCCUAUUUAAGAUUCUGAAGGUGCUACCAUUUUUGCCACAGACUUUGAAGAAACAGUUUGAUGUGGGCUACCCUCCACAUUUGUCUCUCUUCUCCAAAUGACCAAGUUUGGGAAAUUUAAAAAUUUUUUCUUAGCAUCACCCUUGUGCUCAUCAGGUAAUCUGCUAAGGAGGGUGGGGAAAGGAAAAAGGAAAAAAAAAAAAAAAGGAAAAAAAAAAAACCGACCAAAAAAAAACCUACCAGAAACAGAAGUAGAAAGAUGUACUUUUUAACUUAUGGACUUUGAAAUGUUUGUCCUCUAAAGGCAAGGGGAGGCCUGAGCAUGAAGGAGUUUGACUUGGCCUUUCAUGGUCCUGGAGGGAAGCUAGUCUUGUCUUGGAGGAUGCAAUCUAGACUGGAGAAUCUUGGGAGAAGCCUUGACCUUGAAAAAACCAGUUACAAGAUUGGCAAUGGGUCAGAGCUGGUCUUGCAGGUGGAGUAUAAUAUGGAACCAUCUCAUGAAACCACAUGACAUCCACUAAGGUCCUCCCUUCUCUUUCAAGAUGGAGUCAUCACUCUUGCUUUUUUAUUGUCAUUAAAUGCUAUAGAAACAGCACCGUUAGCUCCAAGUGUAAAUGUGGACUGAGGAGAAAGAAUAAUUAUGGGAAUCUCGAAAUUCAGCAUGAUAGGGAUAUUCAGUGAUACCUGAAUUGUCCUAUAUCGGUGAACCAGUCAGCACCCAAGUUGGAUUUUGAGGUUCUUUUAACUAUGGAAUUAUUUUUAUAGGAGGGGUAAUUUUAUGUGAAAGUCUCUUUGUCUUUUUUUCCGCUAAAGUUGUGUCUUUUUGGGAAUUGGAUUUGAUUUUCAUUAUUUAAUACCUCACUCUGGCCUACGCUCCCCACCAGACACUUCCUUUAUCCCAGCCCUCUGGCCCCAGCCCGAUGCGCCCCAUGGAAGGGCAUUUUUGUAGCAGUUCAGGCCUCAUCUCAGUACUCGGUUUCCCCACGCUGCCAGUCUCAACCUGGCCUCUGUCUCGUUCUUGGAUUUUUUUUCUGCUGUCCUCGUUUAUGUCUCUGUCCACAUGUCAGUGUGUGUUAAAACCCCAGUGGGUUCCAUCUCUCCUUUUCCCUUCUGGAUUUUAAAUAAAUAUUUAAAACUGAG